AUGGAUCAGCGAUACAAUCAGCCGCCGCCUUCACAGCACUACCCACCUCCGCAGCAACAACAACCGCCGCCGCAGAAGCAACAACCGCUGUCGCCGCAGCAACAGUUUCAGCAGCAAGCCUCUUAUCCUCCAUACAGCCAGGGACCGCCUCAGGUUCCGUCGUACAGCCAGGGUCCGCCUCCCCCUUACGGCGGAGGUCCCCCACCAGCAUCUUAUAACGAGCCGCCGCCGCAGUACCAGCCUUACGGAGGCGGUGCACCGUGCGGCGGUGCGCCUCCCCCGCAGACAAGCUACAGCCCGCACCCACCCGCAUAUGGCGGGCCGGCACCUGGUUUCCCCCCACCGUAG